CCAUCCAUCCAUGGCUUAUCUUCAGAGUUCAGUGUCAGCAGCACCUUCCAGCCAGCGUACGUCUAAACUACUACUACUGCAAGAGAACGAGGAGGAAGAAGAAGCAGGAAGAAUGCGUGCGCUCGAUCGCCUUUAGUUUUUGCCAAUUGUGUCUUUCAGGAAACAUCAUCUAGCUAGCUACCUAGCUACAGGUCGGUAGCUGCAUGAUUGGGAUAAGGUAGCUUAGAGGGUAGGCCGUAUAUAGCAUGCCAUGGAGUUUUCACUCAUGGGCACGGAUACUUUUCUUCGGACCCUGCCAUAACUCAUAAGUAUCGACGGUACGUCAAGCAAUGUUCGUGGCGCGGCGUUCUCCCGGCGUGGUGUCGCUCCGUCGCCGACGAAUCCCUGGCACUGGCACGACGUGUUGGUGCGAUUCUUGAUCUUGCUCAUCGAUGCUUUCCUGCUUCCGGCAGCCGCGGCCGGCCGGUGACGCGAGCCAGAGCGGCGGCGCGGCGUCGUCGUCGUCGCCUCGGCGGCUGUUCGCGUCGAGCUUGUUCGCCUCCUCGCCGUCGACGUCGGGCAAGAACCCGUGGCCGUCGGAGCCGGACGACAUGGAGAAGAAGCGGUGGGACAGCAUGGAGUCGUGGUCGAUGCUGCUGGACACGGCCAUGGCCCCCUCGUCCUCCUCGUCCGGCGGCAACAGCGGGCGGCGGGAGGAGUGGAUGGCGGACCUUUCCCACCUCUUCAUCGGCAACAAGUUCGCGGCGGGCGCCAACAGCCGCAUCUACCGCGGCAUCUACAAGCAGCGCGCGGUGGCUGUGAAGAUGGUGCGCAUCCCGGAACGCGACGAGGUCCGGCGGGCCGAGCUGGAGGAGCAGUUCAACUCGGAGGUGGCGUUCCUGUCCCGGCUCUACCACCCCAACAUCGUGCAGUUCAUCGCGGCGUGCAAGAAGCCCCCCGUGUACUGCAUCAUCACGGAGUACAUGUCGCAGGGCACGCUGCGGAUGUACCUGAACAAGAAGGACCCCUACUCGCUGUCGCCGGAGACGAUCCUGAAGCUGGCGCUGGACAUCUCGCGCGGUAUGGAGUACCUGCACGCGCAGGGGGUGAUGCACCGCGACCUCAAGUCGCAGAACCUGCUGCUUAACGACGAGAUGAGGGUCAAGGUGGCCGACUUCGGCACCUCCUGCCUGGAGACGCGCUGCCAGGCCACCAAGGGCAACAAGGGCACCUACCGAUGGAUGGCGCCGGAGAUGAUCAAGGAGAAGCCCUACACGCGCAAGGUGGACGUCUACAGCUUCGGCAUCGUGCUCUGGGAGCUUACCACCUGCCUCCUCCCCUUCCAGGGCAUGACACCCGUCCAGGCCGCCUACGCCGCCUCAGAGAAGAAUCUCAGGCCGCCGCUGUCGAGCUCGUGCCCGCCGUUGCUGAACAACCUAAUCAAGAGGUGUUGGUCGGCGAACCCGGCGAGGCGGCCGGAGUUCAGCUAUAUCGUGUCGGUGCUGGACAAGUACGACCACUGCGUCAAGGACGGGACGCCCAUCAUGGUGCACCAGGAGCUAAGAAUCUGGAGCUCCUUCGUCAAGAUCUUCAGGAUGGGAUGCGUCGCAAACAACUUGUCCAUACCGGUGCACUCCUGAUCGUGAUCGGUGACAAGACCAUCAUAAUCUGAGUUCAUGAUAUGAUAUUUCUUUGUAACUAUGAGUAUUCCCGCAUGUACGAAUGCCCUGCUUCUGUUUGUUAAUUAAUUUGUCAUUUAUGGCUUUAUCUGACAAGUUAUCUGAAUGCCAUAUUAUCUCAGAUGUCAA